GUUAUUUUACAUAGAAAGGGGUGGGAUUUGAUUCAAUUUGAAUGCAAGGGGUGUGACCGAGCCUCGCUGUCUAUAUAAAGGGCGACGCGAGACCAUUCCCUCCCCAGUCCACCAGCGAGGUCUGAAAGUUGCAGGGUGGAGGGGGUGACAAUCCCGGCACUCAGAGGUCUAGGCUUUGGUGGUCUCGGUGCUCGGAGGUCCCAGCAGAGCCACAGCCGCCGCGACAACCCCCAGGCACCCCCCGUCCUGCGCCCCCAGCCCAGCUGCGAUACACCAUGAAAGCCAUCAGCCCGGUGCGCUCCGUGCGGAGCUGCUACGAGGCCGUUUGCUGCCUCUCGGAGCAGAGUUUUGCCAUCGCCCGGGGCAGCCACAACAAGAGCCCGGCCUUGGAAGAGCCCAUGAACUUGCUGUACGAUAUGAACGACUGCUAUUCCAAGUUGCGGGAGCUGGUGCCGGGCAUCCCGCAAGGCACCAAGGUGAGCCAGGUGGAGAUCCUGCAGCACGUCAUCGACUACAUCUUCGAUCUCCAGAUCGUGCUGGAGGAGGGGGCCAAAGGCCGCGACCCCUCCUCCGAGGCCACGCUGUUCUCCCUCAAGGCGGCCGAACUCGCCUCUGAACUCUGCUCCAAAGACGAGAGAAGUUUGUGUCACUAA